AUGACAAAGCAAAAGCUACAGAACAGAAAUUUGGGAAUGUUGAAAGGAAACAACCAUUACGCUUUUAUCGCUGCCUUAGCUUGUUUGCCCCUUAACGGAGAAGAGGAAAAGGGCUCGAUCAUUUCAGAUGAGCCCAACGGCGAGUUCUUCUUCGGUCAGAAGUAUCCGAUCGAUGAGUUUGAUGCUGAUUUGGUGGAUUACUCUGGCUUUCGGAGGAAAGUCGUGAGGAUUCCGGUGGUCAAAACCACGGAGAAGCACAAGUAUACCGUUGUCAGGCGUCGACCGAUUGUUCCUUAUACCGGACAACCCGAGAUUAUUGAUGAACCCCAGCGUACAUCAUCCCCGAAACGAAUCGUCGUCACAAGGGUGCGCAGUUUGGCAGCUAGGUCUCGGCAUUUUUCGAAUUAUGAUGAGAAUUAUGAUGAGGAGUUCGAUACGCCGAAGAGGCAUAAAGUGACGAUCACGAGGACGAGGAAACUGAGGCCAACGGUGAGGGUUGAGCCCAAGACUACUCCGAGACGAGUUGUCAGGAAGAAACUCGUCAACGUGAGACCGAUUAUUACACCGACUCCGACAUUUGCUAUUAUUACAACAGGAUUCUAUGGGAUUGCGAGUCCUGGCGAAGAUGAGGAUUAUGAGGAGGAGGUGACGACACCCCGGAAUGAUGGCGAGUCGGUGAAUGAUAUUGAUCAAGUCACCUCUCUUGAGGCUAGCAAAGAACUUGAGGAGAUCGAGGGGAAGACUGAUCAUCUUCAGAGCACCACGGAAUCUACUCCGGUGAUAAUAACGGAUCAUUUCUUCUUUCCGGCUUCGGAGGAUGAGGAUUAUGAUGAAGAGGAUGAGGGAGUGGAUGAAGAACACACGCAACCACCUGAAGAAGUGACGGAGAGUGAUGGUAUGACUUUGGAGAUGACCACUGAACCGCAAGUUGUUUCUGAAGAUCCGGUACCGACGGGGAUGACUGAGGAAGCUGAAGGGACUACUGACAAACCCACGACGACUCCUGGUAGUGUUGAAGAGUCAGCGGAAGAUGAUAGAGGAGGAGAAAAGGUGAAAGAAGGAAAGGAUGAAGAGAAAGGUGAUGAAGGAGAGGAAGAAAAUCAACAAGAAGGCAUGGGCGAUGAAGUAAAUCUGAAAGGAGGAAAACAAGAAGAGAAAGAGGUGAAGGGUGAGGAGACAGGGGAAGUAGAAGAUAAAGAGGAAGAAGAAGAAAAACAAAAUAAAGAAGAUGAACGAUCAAAUGAUGAGAAGGAAGACCAGGAGGACAUAAAUGAAAAAGCAACGGACAUUGAGGACUCCAUCGAACAGUCAAUCCCAACGCACAGUUUCACAUCAACUCAAUCACCUGAUGAUUUGACAGUAGUCCCCCUGGAGUCCUCCCUCGAAAUAUCCCCAACCCUCACACCUGAUUCUGAAAUUCCCACCGUAAUUCCCCUCGAGGCAUUGAUUUCCACCGAGGAGAUAACUCCCACAUUAAUUAGACACGAUUUCACCAACACCACGACUGUCGUCUCCUCGUCGCCUUCCCCCGAAGAGAUCGAGGCUGGCCUCUCGGACGAGCUCUAUCUCUCCCUCUCGCGUCUCAAUAUACCAGUCGUACCCUCUGAGCUUAGUCACCACCAGGUAGACCUCCAGGCAACUCCGACAGUUGUCUUCUCUGAAACAGUCGUCACGUCCACACGAUUGCGAACUUACACGUACGUUGUGACAAAAUUAAAUGGACUGGAGACACAGGUGACAUCAUCAACCACAGUCAGACCCCGCGUUACGACACUGACACUCACUGUUCCCAUAACAAUUACCCCAUCCACCACCAUGGACUCCAUGAGCUCCAGGACGAUGAAUCAUCAUCGGGCUAUCGGAGAUUCAGAUGUAGGAUUAAAAAUCCACGAUGAGGGUAGACGCCUCAAUCUGGCGACCAGGGUGAUGUCCAAUGGUGUGGAGGUAAUCGUUGCUGGGCCGACACCGGCGUUGAGAUGGGAGAAUGCCAAUCCCCAGCCGACGUUGACACUUUCUGAUGCUGUCGUGAUGAUGAUGCCUCAGGAGGAUCCCAAUGAGUUUGUCACUAAAACAUGCACCACAACCUUCACGUACUUGAAUACCAUCACCAAGGAUGGAACGACUAUUGUGUCAACUGAUCAGCAGGUUGUGGCAAAUACAGCGAUAGAAGAGCGGCACAGGAAGCCCGGGUCAGAGUCAGCUGCUGUCACCCUGGAGGCAUCACCUACAUUGAGGACAGAAGUCUUCAAGACAACGUACACCUACCUGACUCUUAACGCGGAGCAUCCCAACGCGGAUGACGCCCUGGGGAGUAGUCAAAAGGUGAUUGCCAAUACAGUGACAGCCCCCCAGCAUUAUCUGGACAUGAUUCUUGAGCCCUCGGAGACUCAUCCACCAGCUCAGACGAAUACCUACCUCAGUACGAGACUUCUAGAGAAGACGUUCGUCGAGGACGGAGUGACAAAGAUUGAGACGACAAGUGAUACGAUUACACGAUUGAUCAUCACCGAGUCAGUGCCACCUCCACCACGUCCGACGAGCGUGACGACGACUCUCACAGCUCUGGACAAUCCUGACGACUCCUUGACUGACAUAAUGAAAACGUACUACAUCACGUAUACCUACGCCAACACUUACCUGGAAAAAGGUACACCAGUGGUAAGAACAAACGUUGCCACAUCGACAGACGUUACCGUGGAGAAAGUCUCGAAGAAGACGACGCCCCAGGAGGCUGUCCCGAUGACAUCAACAGCCAAUUCCGAUCCCAUCAAGAUAUUCGCCACGAAAACUUACCUCACCACCUUCACGUACUUCACGACUCUUCUUCAGGCUGGGGCAGAUGGUGAGACCUCUACGACGAUUUCCUCUCGAUCUCAUGUGGUGGAGAAUGUCGUCACCGAGUCCAUCGCCCCUAGUCUUCUCAAUUCGGGGUACAUGAAUCUUCUGACGACGACUCAUCGAUCUGAUCCUGUUCAGAAUAUUGUCACUGGUUCGACCAUUAUCUUCUUCGACGAUGACGACCAGAUAUAUCCCUCCACCACCACCAGUCAUCCCUCACCAACAGCUUCUCCUGAACUCGCGGAGAACACCAGUGAAGUCCCAGAGGACUCUGGUGUCCACCCGGCAAGUUCAGAAGACAGCGACAAGAAUGAGGAUAUGGAGGAUUCGGAGGCGAGUGCCUCUGAGACAGACGAGGUGCAGGCGGAUCUUGAGGAAAGCCCUGAGCGUCCAGUCUCAGGACUCCUGAGUCUGGGUUCCCUAGGUAUUAAUGGCCUGUCAGCCUUGGGUCCAGUGAUCACAGCGAUGGCAGGGCUUCUGCAGGGCAAACCGUCUCCAAACCCUCGACGGAACGACACAGCCCUCCCUAGCACUCCAGCGCCACCAAUCUCCAACGUCAACCUGUCCCCCAACCAAAUAACAACACAACGUUCUCCAAUCUACAUCCCAGUCUCAGAAUUCGCCGGUGACAUCGAAACAGCUGAGAGUCAGAACAUCGUGACUCAAUUAUCAAAUCCCAAUUUCAUCCCCGAGACACGCCACAAAGUUGCAGCGAGUCUCGUAGACGGUAUCCCCAUUUCUCCAGGUGAAAUAAUAACCGCAAACAGUGACGUGAUCAUUGGAAAGCCAGGAAAGCUGUCACCUAGGCCUCCGCAGACGUACGAAGAUCAAGAAGUGGGUGGACUGAAGCCUCCACCAGUCUCAGUUCCAAAUAUUCCAGUGCACCCUGUCUUGGAGGUGCUGGAAGUUCCACACGAGGACGAGCAGAAGCCCCAUCACCCCCAGAAGAAAAUCUCCGAUCUUCUCAACAAAAAAAUUCCCCCCAGAACGUCCUCCAAACACGACAUCCUGGAGAACGAUCCAUUGCUGAGGCCCCCCGGAAGACCAAACAUCAAUAAAUACGCCAAUCCCAAUAUAAACCACAAGGAGCCCCAAUGGCUGGCAGAUAAAUCACGAAAACCAUGGAGUUCCAAGGAUCCCAUCAUUCUCCCACCUCCUCCACCCUCUCCCCAGCCAACUCCAUCGAGAAUCGAUAAUCCUCAUGUUUAUCAUCCGGAGGAGACAAGACCCUGGGCCCAGAAGGAUCCUCUGGCGACAAUGGACUCUCUGGAGAGGCUCCAGGGUGAGCAGAUCUCCCUGAAACCCCCAGAACUCCAGGAGCCCGAGCCAAUUAUUCACCAGGUACCACACGUCAUCGACAGAUCAACAGGACAGCCUCUUCUCGUGAAUAUUCAACCCAGUCAAGUUGCCAAUGUCGUAAUACCCCAGGGUGGCACUCAGGCCCUCAUAUUUGGCGAUACCAGCGAGCCCCACAUCAGUGGACAGUACUUCGACGAUCCCUCGCCCUAUCCCGAGCCCGAGGUCGGAUCAAAUUUCGACAGAAACGACGAGAGUAUCUCCCACUUCAUGCUGCCACCACCAAGUCCUAGUUUCAAAUCCCCUGGGAAUAAUUAUGUCCAAACGAUCCCGAUAUCCAAUUCAAAAAUUCAGGGUAAUUUUUAUGACAUCGUCAAACCCGAGAAAACACCUUCGGACAUACGACUGAUUCAGAGGCCUGAUAUCCAUGGACAGAGUCAGGGUCACGUGCACACCGAAAUUCUGGUGCAUCAUUCACCUGAUAAUCUUCACCUGAGGCCUCACAAUUCUCAGGGCUCGAUUUACGUGGACUUGUCGCCACCACCUCCACCACCUCCCAGGGAGAUGUAUCAUAAACCCACGGGGAUUGAGCACCUCCCACCCAGGAGGAGUGAACCACCAGGUCUGGAUCAUCCCAGUCAUUUCCAUCGAUUUAAUUAUCAUAAUCACGAGAAGGUUAAUAAAACACUGGAGAACGAAGUACUGAGGCAGAAGUGGAAGAACGACAGGUACAAGAAUCGAGUUAUUCAUCGUCCCAGACCAGUUGUGAGGAGACCAUAUCCUGGGGGUAAGAUAAAGUUCCCUGGAAGGCAGCCACCCAAGUAUCCAUCCAGUGAUAUUCACAAGAUGAGCGAUAAAGAUGAUCUGCCCAAUGGUGGUAUUGGAUAUCAGAAUCCUCUCACUCAUAUUCAUCAUCAUCAUCACCAUGUGGUGUCACCUCCUCGUCCUCAAGUGGUGCAGCUGCCACCGGAGGUAAGUCCACCUGAAAUUCAGAGCUUUGGACAAAUUUUACCGAGUGAUGAUGAGCCUGAGAGCUGGUCUGGCACUCAGACGGAGAAGAGUAUUGAUUCUGAGGCAGAGGAGUCUGAGGACAGGCCCAUGGGGUACUAUAAUGGGACAGAGGCUCACGAUGUUCGUCAGGAACAGCAGGAUCACCAGGAACAUCAGGAGCAUUUACAAUAUCAGCAUGAGGUCUUCCAGGAACAAGAGAAAGAAGAGGGAGGAGGACAUGGACAAGAGCAGGUGCAGGCAGAAGAGAUUCCUUCGUCCUCUCCAAUAUUCCACGUCGAGGAGAGUCACCCUGUGACUCCACGGGAAGAAUCUCCAUCGACUGAAGAGCCCUCCCCUCCUGAGGACUCCAACGCCCAGCAAUCAGACUUCUACGAUUACGAGAUUCAGGUCUCCCCAGGAGCUCAAGAGCUACCACUUCAUCAGGAGAAUUCUCAGGAGGAAACCCCUGGCGCCAAUCAGGAUCAAGAAAAUGGAGAACCUGUGGAGCAUCAUCAGGAGAGCCCUGAGGACUACGAAGUGAUUCAGGGAAUUCCAAUACCUCAAUUCGACUCGAACCCCUCUUACGAAUAUCCCCCUGACGACACCAUCGAUCUGAAGCCCCCAGCAGAGCCUCCCAGGAGGACAGAGCCCGAGGUCCUUCCACCAGGAGGUCAUGCGCGUCCUCCCAGUCACUGGAACGAAGACACCAGUUAUUUAAAUCGAAAGAAUCUGACGCAGAUACCCAAUUACUUUAAGGCCCCAACGAAUCCCCCAGAAGUCAAAAAAUACAUCAGCACAGAGACCCUGAGGAAUCCAGAUAUCUCUCCACCUCGACCCCAUCCGGCCUAUCCCCACAUCAUCACGAAACCACCAGCAGUGCCUCGACCAGUGGUAAUUACCUCAGACAAAAAUCAUGAUGAUCACAGAUCACGACCAAUCGUGAUGCCAGUGAUUCAUGUGACCAAGGAGAAGGCACCUGAGACCCUGGAGACAGCAUUCCAAACGAAUUUCGCCCUGAAAGAUGAUAAUCUUCAGCUACCGAAGACCCAGCAUCAGCAGAAGCAACAGAAUCAUCAAAAAAAUUAUCAAAAUCACCAAGUGAUUCAUCAGGAUCAAAAUUUGAACCAGCAGAGUCAUCACAGAGUAGAUCCUGUACCCUCCGAGGACAUGAUGCCACCACCAGCAAAUCCACCAUCAGUGAAUGAUCAAAAAAAUCCAGAGGACAGCGACCUGAAGCCUCCACCAGCAGACACAAAUGUCCUUGGGAUGUCGCCACCUCCAGCGCCUUCUAGUCCACUGAAAAAUCGCCAGCCACCCAAGUAUAUUCCCCUGAAGGACUCCAAGGUCGUCGGAGAGACCCCACCUCCACCUCCACCUCCACCUCCUCCACCCACGCCAUCUCGACCGAGUUACUCGAUGGUACCACCGACCUACCCCAGACCAACAAAGUCCCGUCCAUACCUGGUGCAGUUACUGUCUCAGGAUAUGGUGCCACCACCUGUCAUCGAGUCCUCCAGGAUGGAGAUAGCAACUGUUCGUCCAGCAAUCGCUGUGUCAGGAUCCAUUCAAAUUGGUACAGCUGUUGCCACGAGUCACAUCCCAGUGAUGCAGGACAUUGAGUCGACAAUUCCAAUAGUUCAUGGUACUGUUGAUCUUCCAGUGGUGGUGGACGUUUCCGACCUGAUGAAAACGAUAACCGAGACGAGAAAACCAGAGCUGAUAAGUGUUUACACAGUCAGACCUUUUGAAACACGACAGAUGGUGUCAAAGGUAUCGGUGCAGCCGACGCAGAUUCUGACGACUCUGGUGAUGCCGACGAGGAUCAGAACAUCGCCGAGUCACAGGGACAUUCCCAAGAAGAUGACGACGUCAUCGGUGAGACCACAGGUUCACAUCACUAGGGUGAAUUCACCGUUUGGCCCCAGGAAGCCAGUGAUCAUCGAAGGAAGUCGACAGGGUGUCACCUCGAGGAUAUCCCCAACGCCGACCAAGUCUCUUGGCCACUUCACCGUACUCUCGAACACCACUACCACUAGGAACAUCGAUAUCACGUCUUUGAGGAAGUCGUCCGUCCAUGAGAGCUUCACCGAGAUAAAACCCAAGGCUGUCACUCACUUUAAGACACUGACAGUCACGAGAACAGAGACAUCCGUUGUUGGUUCGCCUCCAACGACGAGGACUCUCCUCCUGACGAGCACCAUCACCUCGACCAUCGUCGAAACAGUCACGGAGACUCUUCUUCGUCCUACGAGUGUCGUGGUGACAUCGGUGACAACGGUUUUACAGUCAGCGCAGUCGACAGCAAGUGUUUACGAUACGUACAAUUCACCGGACACCCUGGACUCGAUCUUCGUGGUGAUGUCCGAUCAGAAUCCACCGGAUCCGGGGGCUGAGGAGGUCGAGGCGGAGUAUGGAACUGAGGAGGAGGUAUCCCGGGACGAGCAGGAUCCAGCUGGCAAUGAAAUCCAUCGUGUUCUGUCCGGUGGAAUCCUCGGAGCACCAGUGGUACCAUCAGUCUCUCACGCUCCCAAGCCCCAGGAGUGCAAACCCGAGUGUCGAGGAUUCAAGUCAGAGAUGUGUGCCACUGUCGGGGGCAAUCCUCGAUGUGUCUGCAGACCUGGUUUCGCCAGGAUGUUCCCUGAUCGUCCCUGCAAGCCCACGUACACUUACACCAUGAAACUUCCCCUGGAGCGAGUGGGUAGGGAGGAGAUCAGGAAAAUGUUGAAUAAUACGGCAUCGUCAGGAUUCAAGAGGCUGAUGUCGUCGACACGCGAGGCACUGGAUAGGACUCUAAUGCAGAGUGACUUGAGGGAUAUUUACAGGGGAGUGGACAUCACCAGUUUGAAGAAGUCCGAGGGCCGUCCUGAGGUUGAGUUCCGGGUGCAAUUGACGGAUAAUGCCCACGAGGAGACACUCAAGGAGACGAUGAAAAAGUAUCUGAUGUCGAGUAAUUAUUCCCUGGGGGGAACUAAUGUGCUUGCAUCGACGAAUCUGGGGAUGAUCGACGCCAGGGACUUCGACGAGUGCUCGGAGGAGGGAGGACCCCAUCACGACUGUUCACCACAUGCCGCGUGUUUCAAUAUCCGAGGGUCUUAUCAGUGCUCCUGCAAAGAAGGCUGGGCUGAUUUGUCUGAGAAUCCGGCAUACCCUGGGAGGAUCUGCUCACAGGCACCUCUGGGCUGCCACAGGUGCAACAACAAGGGUCACUGUGUGGUGAAUUCGUACGGUCAGGACGUCUGUGAAUGCUUCCCCUGGCACAGCGGUCAGAGGUGCCAGGUGAACCUCAAGGUUCUACUGAUAGCCCUGGUGACGACUGGGGCUAUUCUUCUGGGACUCCUGGGGGUCUGUCUGGCUCUCGCUUGCUUCAGGACUCCGAGGCUCGCCGGACACAAACUGAAGAAGGGGAGGCUUUCUGGAGACAAGAGGGCCAUGAUUUCCAAUGCCAAUGGAGGGGACACUAGCAGCGAGGGGAGUGUGACAGAUCUAGCUAUUCCUCAUCAUGUCCCUCAUGUUUUACCACCUCCACCGAGGGCUAAUGCUCCAGUGCCUCCUUUACCACCAGCUCCUCCCAAGGAAGCGCAGAAAUGCAGAAACUAUGGAAAAUAUCAGAAGAAAAAGUUUCAGGAGGUCGGCGGUGACGAGCAGAGGGGAUUGAGUGUCAUGAUACCCAGGGCUAAGUACAGGUCAAUGCAGGGGCAGUACAAGCAGCCGAUCACGUCAUUCUCAGCUGAUGAGCACAAGUUGAUUAGUUAUCUUGAGGGGAGCAACAGGAAACAGAGUCUCGCUAGCACCACGAAGGAGUUCAUGAAGAGGGAGUUCGAGGAGUCAAUCAGGGUUGUCAGGAGUCCACCGAACAAUGGGGCCCUGGUCAGCGCUGGUUUCCAGGUCUCCGCGACCGUCACCCGAACUGCUGAUGACGAGUCGAUUGUUGGCGAGGGAACCCUCGAGCCGUCGACCCUGAAGACCUUGAGGAACGCGGAUUAUCAGGAUAGUGGGUUGACUCUGGCGAGAUCCUCCGAGGGCACUACUAUUCAAGCGACCACGAAGUUGAUCGGGCUAGAACUGGCUGAGGACGACGGGGAGAAUUCUGGCAAGCCGAAUAGCCGGGGCUCCAAGGACACCAGGGAUGCCAGGGAUAGCGCUAGCGAGGGGCCGAUCACUGCCGAGAGGGACCUCGGUAGUACUCUCAGACUACGGCACACGCCGUUAUAUAAUUCAGACAGAGCGGUCAGCGAUCGUGACUCUAACUUUGAUUCGCUGUGAGAGUCAAUUGUAUUCGUUGUUGCCAAAUAAUUGUAUUAGAGAAAAUUGCUGAGAAAAAUAACAAAAAAAAAAAAAUUAUAAACGGACGAAUGUUUAUUGAGAGCCUUCGUUAUUCAUAAAUUGCAUUAUGAGUCACCGAAGCGCCGGCCAUAACUAAAGACAAUUAUCGAGAGAGUACCACACUCUGGUCAUCUGUACGACAGCCUAUUUAUUUAUGUCAUUGUUACAAAUAUUAUAUAUAUAUAGAUGUAUGAUUUUUUAUACUAAUCGGGCUCAGUACGACGUGGUUAACAUUGUGUCACACAUUUUCGUGCCAAAACUUAUCUAUAAUGUUAAUGAAAAUUAAUAAUCAAUUAUUUCAUUAAAAAAUUGUCUUUACACCGAUGAAGAUGUCGUGUGGCAGGGGAAUCAUCAAAAUUCUGUUACUGUUAUGAUUCAUUAAAAAUUAAUUGUUUAUUACAGUCGUCUCAUGUUGCUCAGCUUCGUACCAAUGAUUAAUCAGUUAUUUUGAUUCAAAAUUUGUCCAACGAAACUGCGCAACGUCAUCACCACGACUUUAUUAAAAAAAAAAUGGGGGAGGACAUGUGUUUUUGUUGUUUCAAUCGUUCUAUCACAUCAGGAGAAAUAUUAAUGCAAUUAACAUGAGAUUUAAAUUCAACUAAAGAUUGUGCUAACUCGAAUUAACUCAGCUGUCGAUUUAAUCGAACGUGCGAGUUUUUUUUUCUAUUGUACAUAGCGAGUAUUGUAAGUCUCUUUUAAUGAUAAAUAUUGUAUUUUUAUUGUUUUAUCAGGAGAUUAGACGUGUAAUUGUUUCUAUCUUGACAAUAAAAAAAAUUUAAUACUG